AUGAAGACGACCCCGGCGCUUCGUUGCUGUCUUUUGGCGGUCACCCCCCAGAAGAUGCAUCCGUCACCCUCCUCCUCCUUCUCCUCCUCCUCCUCCUCCUCCUCCUCCUCCUCCUCCUCCUCCUCCUACUCUUCCACUUGUUCCAAUUUGGUUCCACCUUGUAGCGAGUCAGCCCCGAGCGGUCAGAUCUGUCCUCCUUUCCGAUCGGAUUCCCAUUAG